AUGAUAUCAAAAAAAACCUUUGGUAUGCUUUUUAUUUUUGUGAGCUUGGUUCUUAGUACCAAUGCUUUUCUUUCUAUCCCAGUAAAGUUUGAUAACCUAGAGAAAUCUAUUUUAUUUAAUGCUACUUUUGGAACAGAAGAAUGUAAAAUUGAUACAAAGGCUGAUUUCUUUUAUUGUAAUAACGACAUUGACUUUAUCAGAAUUGGAAAUCAUACUUUUAAAAAAGCUUAUGCUUUGGUAAAGUUACUAACGGCAGACAACAGUUAUCAUUUGUAAAAUUUUACUAACGAUGAUAUCAUUGGACAAAUAAACCUUGGCUAACCAAAUCCAGACUUCAUAAAGAAAGAUACUAACUUUAUUAAAAUGUACUUUGAUUCUUCUGAUUAUUUCUAGCUAAACUGUAACUUUUACUCAAAUGAAGAGACAACAUUCUUUGGUUAAAAAAUACGUGGUUAUUCUAGAUAAUACAUCGACUUUGAUGUUGCUGAAUCUACAAUAGAUACAGAUACCUUUGAAGAAAUGCUGGUUAUUUUAAAAUCAAAAAAUUAUAAUAUUACAGUUAAGAAGAUUGGCUUUUUCUCUCAAUACUAUUUGGAUACUAUUGAAGGUUUAGAACCUAUAAAAAUAACAAUAUUAACUGAAGACAUGAGUCCUUACAUAUUAAAAAUAGAGCCUUCUGUAUAUACAGAAAAAAUAACUAAUGGAGUCUAUAAAUUGUUAUUUUAACCUUAUAAAUAGAAUUUUAGCUUCUUACUACUUUGGUUAUCAUGUAAGUACUCAAAACACAUUUUUUGCAGAAAGAGCAUUAGAUAUUAACUCUUAAGCAGUUGCUGA